AUGAAAGUUCAAAUAGUUUUUUUUAGUAUUACAGUUUUUAUAUUUGUUCUAUUUUUAUUAUCAGUCGAAUCAAAUACAAAAAUUAAAAUAGUUCCAUCAUUUUUAGAAAAUAGUAACGAAAUUGAAGAUUUAUAUAUUAAUUUAGAUAGUGAUAGUAAAAGUAGCGAGCAUACUACUAGUAGUAGUAGUAGUAGUAAUAGUAAAAAUAAAGGAGAUAGCAGUAGCAGUAGUAGCAAUAGUGGUAGUAGUAGUAAUAGUAUUAUUAGUGGUGAUAGUAAUAGUAAAGAUGCACCAACUACUUCAAGUGAUAGUUUAUCACCAGCAACACCAAUACCGACAGAUGGAUUAUUAUCAGCUUCUACCUAUGUUACAUUUACUGGUGGUAAAGUUUUAUGUGAAAAUAUAACAUUUUGUCCAAAUGGUUAUAUGUAUUCAAGUGAUUAUGCAUGUAAUUAUGAUAUUGUACAAAAUGAUCCAGCAACACAUAGAGGUGAUUGGAAUGAUGGUAUUAAAAUGUUUGAAGAUCCUUUACCAAAGAAUACGACUAUAGAUCAAGUUGAGGGUAUAUCAUUUACAAUAUCAGGGGCAGUUGGAUGUCAAGUUACAAGUAGUGCUACUACAUUGGAAUUCUAUAUUCAGGAUUUACUAGUUCUAACUAAUACUACAUCAAGAUAUGAUAUAUGUACAUGUGGUUCAUGUUAUGUUACAUUUGGUACAGAAGUUUAUAAAUAUAAUAUGUUGGGAUAUAAUAUAACUGGUGAAAAUAAAUUUCAAAUUCAAGUUAGUGUAAAUUCAAUGUGCGCAACUACCAUUGGUAUAACACUUUAUUAUAAACCUCCAACCAUUACACCAACACCAACCAUUACACCAACACCAACCAUUACACCAACACCAACCAUUACACCAACUGUAACACCAACUGCAACACCAAGUACAACACCAAGCACUACACCAACUACAACACCAUCAACACCAACUCCAACUCCUACAAAGUCACCCUAUAGUGGUGCAUUAUCACCUCAAGUUAAAAAAUAUAUUAUCAUUGCAUCAUCGAUAACAGGUGGUUUAUUAAUUUCAAUAUUUUCAUUUGUUUUCAUUAGAAAGAGAUUAAAUUCAAAAAGAUCUGGUUACACUCAAAUUAAAGAUGGUAAAGAUAUUGAUACUCAACAAAUUAAAAUUGGUGUUAGAAUUGGUAAAGGAAAUUUUGGUGAAGUUUAUCUUGGUACUUGGAGAGGUUCUCAAGUUGCUGUUAAAAAAUUACCUGCUCAUAAUAUAAAUGAAAAUAUUUUAAAAGAAUUUCAUAGAGAAAUUAAUUUAAUGAAGAAUUUAAGACAUCCAAAUGUUAUUCAAUUUCUAGGAUCAUGUUUAAUAUCACCAGAUAUUUGCAUUUGUACAGAAUAUAUGCCAAGAGGUUCAUUAUAUUCAAUUUUACAUAAUGAAAAAAUUAAAAUAUCUUGGUCAUUAGUAAAGAGAAUGAUGAUUGAUGCUGCAAAGGGUAUUAUUUAUUUACAUGGCUCAACACCAGUUAUUUUACAUAGAGAUUUAAAAUCUCAUAAUUUAUUAGUAGAUGAAAAUUGGAAAGUUAAAGUUGCAGAUUUCGGUUUAAGCACAAUUGAACAACAAGGUGCAACAAUGACUGCUUGUGGUACUCCAUGUUGGACUUCACCAGAAGUAUUAAGAAGUCAAAGAUAUACAGAAAAAGCAGAUGUUUAUAGUUUUGGAAUUAUUUUAUGGGAAUGUGCAACUAGACAAGAUCCAUAUUUUGGUAUACCACCAUUUCAAGUUAUUUUUGCUGUUGGUCGUGAAGGUAUGAGACCACCAACACCAAAAUAUGGUCCACCAAAAUAUAUUCAACUUUUAAAAGAUUGUUUAAAUGAAAAUCCAUCACAAAGACCAACGAUGGAACAAUGUUUAGAAAUUUUAGAAUCAAUUGAAACCAAAGGUUUUGAUGAUAUACCUGUUAAUAAUAAUAAUAAUAAUAAUAGUAAUAAUAAUGAGAAUAAUAAUGAAAAUAAUAAUAAUAGUGAUAAUAAUAAUAAUGAUAUUAAUUAUAGUAACAGGGUGAUAAAUUAA